GCCUUUGCUUCCUGAAAAGAAGUGCUGGCAUUCAUCUUACAGCCGGUGCCAAUUAGGCGUGCAUGGCAUCUAGAAUUAAUUGAAGGAACUUGUGAGAUGUUCGCAAUAACUGGAUGCUGAGAUAUCAUGUCUGCCUGAUCGACUUUUCAGGCACCUUGGGACAACGUCAAGAGUCAGUAUUUGGUAGGCUGUCAGGCAGAGCUGACGGCUUGCUUUUGACAUCGUCCCACGCGACUGCUGCAUCUCAAUUCGGAUGAAGUGUUCCAAGUCUGCUGUACCUAGGCAGAUGCUGACGGCGCCCAACAGGGCCGUGGCGUUUUCUGGAGGUGAUUGGCAGCUGUCUGAGCUGUCCCUCCGUUGCUACCGGUUCGAAGUUGUCGAAGACUACCUCCAGAGCCCGCCCUGACGAGAAUCAUUUUGUUCCAGCAGUUUCAUCGGCAACAAAUCCCGCGUUGUUCUUCGGUGUAUAGAGUCGAGAAUGCACUCGAACAGGCAAAUGCAAGACUAUGGGACGGUCCUCUCCGUGGAAUAUUGUACAAACCGACGUUCCCCCUGACUUCCUUUCUAGUUCUUUUCCCUCCAGACUGACAUCCGUAAAGUACAAAAGACGGCGCAUGGAUCCUCUGAACCCCAGCCUACACCGCCCCUUCUCACAGGUGGCUUACAAUGGCGUCCUUUCUUUCUUACGUCCCAAUAUUUGCUGCGUUGGCACCUAACUUUAUUCGAGCUUCUCACAUCUCCUCUCCCUUCGUUCAUCGUCAACAUGCCCGCGCUGAUACCCUCCCUGCAGGAUGGACGGCCCAAGGUUGUAUCACCGAUAAUCCCGGUGCUCGCAGCCUCACUGGGUCGACAUUCACUGAUACUCAGGCCAUGACUGUCGAGUCAUGCGUCAACUUUUGUGUCUCUGGCGGUUUUGUCUUCGCUGGUCUCGAAUUCUCUCAGGAAUGUUACUGUGGAAAUAACGUUGUCGAUGGCGCUACGAAUGCGACUUCCACUGACUGUAACGCCGCUUGUACUGGAAAUUCGAAGGAGAUCUGCGGUGGCGCCAGUCGACUUAGCCUCUUUUGGAGCGGCGUUCAGCCUCCCCCUCCCCCUCAGACCGUCCCAAGCGUUGGAUUAUGGAAUUCGCUGGGAUGCUACAGCGACAACGUCAACGGCGGUCGGACAUUGACGGUCCAAACGUUCCCAACAGGACAGACCAGCGCUGAGACGUGUACCGACAGUUGUUUCAACAAUGGGUACCCUCUCGCCGGAAUGGAGUUCGCCGAUGAAUGUUACUGUGGCCUCGGUUUUGAGAAUGGCGGAGCGCCGACGCCUUUGGCUGAUUGCAGCAUGCCCUGUGCUGGAAACAGCUCAGAAUUUUGUGGUGGGCCCAACCGACUUAACGUAUACAACUUCACUGGAACUCUCCCCCAUGGGCCUACCCCUCCAGAAGGGGGCGGCGGAGGAGGAGGUGGUGAUGCCCCCGUGUUCUCGGUGGACGAUCUUCCCGCUCCUUGGGAAUAUGCGGCUUGCUACGUUGAUGGUGCCCACGGCCGUGUCUUCCCGCAAGAAUUGCCAGAUGACCCAGGACUGACUGUGGAAAGCUGCAUUGAAAGCUGUAGCAGUCAAAACUACACUCUCGCCGGCGUCGAAUUCAGCGUACAAUGCUUCUGUGGGAAUACACUGGUCAACGGCGCGGUUCUUGGUCAAGAAGCGGAUUGCAAUAUGGGCUGUGGUGGUAAUGCGACUGAAGCUUGCGGAGGACCGAACAGACUCUCGGUCUAUACGGCGACCGGCGACGUUACCGCUCUUCCUGUGCCUGUAACUCAAAAUACCAGUCUGCCUACAGGCUGGAAAUAUCAAGGAUGCUUGCAAGAUGGCGGGACACGAGUCUUCCCUUACCAAAUUGAUAUGGUGACCAACGCUACUGUGGAAGCAUGCAUUGAGCAAUGUGCAACUUUCGGCUACCCUGCCGUAGGAAUUGAGUAUGGCACACAAUGCUUCUGCGGCGACGUCGCCGACGAACAAAAUAAUAGCCCAGGGUUCGCUCCAGAGGCUGACUGCAACUUCCCGUGUUCUGGUGACCCUAUUCAUCUCUGCGGUGGACCGCUCCGUCUGAGUUACUAUGCCUUUAACUCAACCCUGGAUACAUGGCACACGCCUGCCAAUACUGGGCGAUAUGAGUUCCUCAUCGGUGGUCUGGUCGUCCCCUUGGUUGCUACUGUUGGGAUCAACGGCAAAGUCAACUUCCUCGAGAAGCUCGGUACCGGAUUCCCCAAUUCUACUGGUGCUUAUGAGCUUGAUCUCACUCUCGUGAACGACUUCGAGCACGCAUGGCGUGAACUUCAUGUUCACUCGGACGUUUUCUGCUCUGGCAGUAUUAUCCUCCCAGACAAGGCAGCUCGACAACUCAAUGUUGGUGGCUGGAGUUUGGAGAGCACGUAUGGAGUUCGUCUGUACUGGCCCGAUGGUUCAGCCGGCGUCAACGGUACCAACGAUUGGGAAGAGAACUACGAUGAAUUGCACCUUCAGCGUGGUCGAUGGUACCCGAGUGCGUUGGUAAUGGCAAAUGGUUCUAUUUUGGUAGUUGGUGGCGAAGUCGGGAGUAACGGCGCCCCCGAACCCAGCCUCGAGGUUCUGCCCACUCCAGCUGGGGGACCCACUUUCCUCAAUAUGGACUGGCUGCAGCGUACUGACCCAAACAAUCUGUAUCCCUUCCUGCACGUCUUACCCAGUGGCAAUAUCUUUGUUGGGUAUUACAAUGAAGCUCGCAUUCUCAACCCCGGCACCUUCGAUACAAUUACCGAGCUUCCUAACAUGCCUGGUUCAGUCACCAGCUUCCUUGCUGGUCGUACAUAUCCCAUGGAAGGCACCGCCGUACUGCUUCCUCAGCGUGCACCGUACACGGAUCCGCUAGAGAUAUUAGUCUGUGGUGGCUCCAACAACGGCGAGGCGCUUGACAAUUGUGUGACCAUUGCACCAGAAGUCCCGAAUGCGGCAUGGACUAUUGAGCGAAUGCCUUCAAAACGUGUGAUGCCCUGCAUGCUUUGCCUGAUGGCACCUUCCUCAUCGUUAAUGGCGCCCAACAGGGUGUUGCUGGCUUUGGUCUUGCUGAUUUCCCCAACUUCCAAGCACUUUUGUACGAUCCUAGCCAACCGCUUCACCAGCGCAUUUCGAUCCUUAACACCACAAUCGUUGCUCGUCUUUAUCAUUCUGAAGCUACGCUUUUGCCUGACGGUCGAGUGCUCAUCUCCGGUAGCGACCCCCAAACAAACAAUCCCGAUGGAACACCAAAAUUCCCGGAAGAGUUCAGAGUCGAAGUCUAUAUUCCGCCUUACCUCAAUGAAGGCAGAACGCAACCGAGCUUCACGAUCACCGAAAUUGAUUGGACGUACGGCAGUACCCAUCCAAUCACUGUAACCCUCCACCAUGGCACGACUUCGACUAUGAGGGUUUCAUUAGUAGCUGCUACCUCCAGCACGCAUGGAAAUGUCAUGGGCGGACGUACUAUCUUCCCUGAGUUCCACUGCACUGGCAAUGUGUGCAACAUCGUUGCACCCCCUAAUGCCAACAUUUCUCCGCCCGGCUGGCACCAAUUGUUCAUCCUGGAUGGCCCAACGCCAUCGUUCUCCCAGUUCGUGCGGAUUGGUGGAGAUCCUGGUCGUCUUGGGGAAUGGCCACCCUUCCCCGACUUCACCUUGCCUGGUGUUUAGAAAAUGUUCAGUGCUGUGUGGAAAGACAUCACUGCGGACCGUAUUUCUUCGAAUGAACUCUUAUGGUUGCUAGUAUUUGCCUUCGGUAGUAGUCUGGAGCGUAGGUACUAAGGACAAUGCGGACUUGAAUUACCGUAGCUUCAUGAAUGGAAUAUUUUGUUUGUCGAAGUCUUGGAAAGUCGCAUAGCAGGCUCGAACCCCCUCGCGAGUGAGUCAUGUCCAGG